AUGGAGUUUCAUAUCUACACAGCUAUUUUGGGUAUCUGCUUCCUCUACCUCUCAGCAGUUCGAGCUCAGCAAGCUGAAGAUUUCGGUUCGAUCUGGGUCGUACCUGAUGGCACCCAGCCAGAUCUUUCACAAACAUUCAGACAAGGUCUCACUGUCCAGAUUACUUGGUUCGGGGCGCCAGUGGACUAUCAAUUUGAUACCUUGACGAACUUGUGGGUCACAUCGUGGGAGUAUGAAAAGACUGCAUAUAGCCAGUUACUCGAAGGGAAUAUCAACGCCAACGAUAGCGGCACUCACGACUGGACAAUCGAUAUUCCAACCAGUGUUUUAGGCAAGACCGCAAAAUACGUCCUUCGUUUUAAAGACCUUAAUCCUGCGUUUAAUCUCCACUCUCGUGAUGUGUCAAGUCCAGCAUUUUUGGUCAUCACCGGAGAUUCUGCUUCAUCCUCUAAAACUUCUACUUCAACAUCCACAACUUCUUCCUCGUCCUCCACAGUUACUUCUUCUCCGACACUUUCCAGUUCUGUGGUUUCCUCGACUCAGGCAUCUAAUUCUUCCACCGGAGCUAUUGCAAAUUCAACAGCAGUUGAUACGACACACAGGGAUAAACACACUAAGCUUAGUGGUGGAUUGGCAGCAGGUAUUGCUGUUGCAUCUGUGGUUGUACUUUGCGCAGUCCUUGGGUUGGCAUACUUCCUGUACAAACGAAGGAAAAACAAGAGAGGGCCUGCAACAAAACCGUUGACAGAACAUCCAGCAGGUUCUUUGACGAAACCUCCAACGUAUCAUGAAGCGCCCAGUCAGCAAUCAGCAGUACCUUCUGAGAAAGCAGCUGAGCUUGGCGGUGAAGAUAGACCAGUGGAGUUGGAGGGUUAG